AUGAGCGGACCGCGUCGGAACACUUCCGCGGUCUAUCUUAUCGCCGCCGAGGCAAGGACGAACACAAUCUCUGGAGCUCACCUUACACAGGUCACACAUACCCACCUGCUCCAGGACCAGCGUCACAUGGACCGCUCCCGACACUUCUCGUUCGCCCGCGACAUCUCGUUGUCGGGUGUAUGUUUGUGUAUAGUGUUGCGGUCGGUCCGUCGUAAUCCGUGUCCUCAAACAAAGGCCGGUCUGUGUUGGGUGCUGGUCGUAUGA